GGCACAGAAGCCGAGAGCCCACGUAGUGAGAAGUGAGAAAUAAGGAGUACGUUUCUUAUAUUGGACACUAAAAGACUACCCAUCGAAGAUGAAGUCUCCAAAGAUCAAGUCACAGAGCAAAUCAUAUUUUGAGGAUGAUGUCGACCUUAAUGCCGUGUUAUGUGAAUUCGACGCUGUCAUUGAGGAUUUCACGUCUCCAGUGGAGAAGAGACACUUCAGAUAUGAUGAACACUUGAAAACAGUGAAGAGACGGAGCAGCGCGAGCGUCAGCGACAGCGGAAUCAGCGACUCCGAGAGUGCAGGGUCCUUGAACAGAAACAGUUUCAGCUUUAGUGAUGAGAAGCUCAACUCUCCCACUGUCUUCUCUCCCACAUCAAAUAGUCCCUUAGUCUCUCCUAAACCUAAACUUGGAGACACUAAAGAAUUAGAGGACUUCAUUGCAGACCUUGACAGAACAUUAGCAAGCAUGUGAGUUUGGAGACGAGAUGACUGGGGCCCACUGCAUUGUAGCUCUGUCAUGAGAAGACGGCCAGACAGCACCUGACAAGCCUGAACUGCUGUGUAGAUGGAGAAGAAAUGGUCAUGUUUUAACAUACGGAAUGACGAUCGAGUCAUUUAAUAGCACCUAUUGGACACUUGCUCCCAUAAACACACAGAAAGAACAUAAAUGCAUUUCACAAUAAUGGCUGUGCUCUCUGAAAAACUUGAGCUGUAAGAUUAUUUAAAUAGCUUUUUACAGAAUUAUAUUUGUAAUUUUAUAGAGUUGGUUAUGUAAAUUUAUCUGCAAUACAGUUUGUGAAUAUAUAAAUAUAUAUUUUUGUAUUUCAUGUAAAUAUUGUUCUCUGUCACCUGGCUAUAAGAAGCCUUUUCUUUAUCAAAUAUUUAAUUAAUAAUUGAGUUUCAAAUCAUGAACUUAACAUGAGCAUAAACCUUAAAGAAUUAAUAAGCAUACAUUCUUAAUUAUUUGGAAAAACUGGAAAAGUGAUAAUGUAUUUAAUACAACGAAUGUCCUCAAGAGAUUAAAGUUGGAAAUGAAUGUUUCUUUGUGUUAUGUCAUGAUGUCAUGCAUGAAAAAGCAUCAACAGGUUUAGUACACUAUGUCUUGAAGGAAUGUUUACAAAAAUAAUUUAGACUCAUCCCUUGUUUAUUUGUACUUUUUUUUUUUUUUUAAUCAUGAUUACAGUAAGGUAUUUAUAAUAGAAGUGAAUGGGGCCAGGCCAUAACCAUUAAAAUACACAUUGUUUUAAAAGUAUAGCUACAGAACAUUAACAUUAUACAUGUUAAGAUGAUUUCAGUGUGAUAAAAUCACUUACUAUUCAAUUCAAUUCAAUGGGGCUUUAUUGGCAUGAAUGUAAACAAUACAAUAUUGCCAAAGCAAACUACUAAACUUAUCUUUGUAAAGUUAAUCUCUGAAC